GCCGCAGGUCACGUGGGGGUGGCUCUGACGUCAGGAGCAGAGGGCGAUGGUCCGGUGUUGGUUGCCAGGGCAAGCUGCGUGUGCGGUCGCCGGUGGUCGGAGUGUUGCGACCCGGGAGCGAGGAUGAAGCAGAAUGGUGCGAUCAAUCCGAUUAACGUGGACGCCGAUUCCAGGGGCCAGGGCGGGGCUGCCGAGCCGCCGCCGCUACCACCACCAUCGCCGCCGGCAGCAGCAGCUCCAUCGUCCGCUAUCGGCUGGAGCCUGAGGCACAAAUGUGCCGCGUACAUGUUGGCGCUUCGACCUUGGAGCUUCAGCGCCUCACUCACCCCCGUGGCCCUGGGCACGGCGCUGGCCUACAAGAACCUGGGUGAGCUGGACGUGCCCAUCUGCCUACUGGCGGCGCUGGCCGUGUUGGCCGUGCACGGAGCCGGCAACCUGGUCAACACCUACUACGACUUCAGCCGCGGCAUCGAUCACAAGAAGAGCGACGAUCGCACGCUGGUGGAUCGCAUCCUGGAGCCGCAGGACGUGGUGCGGUUCGGAGCCUUCCUCUACACCUUGGGCUGCCUCUGCGCCUUGUCCCUCUAUUACUUGUCCAAGCUCAAACUCGAGCAUUUGGCUCUCAUCUUCUUCGGGGGACUGUCCAGUUCGUUUCUGUACACUGGAGGUAUUGGAUUUAAAUACUUUGCCCUUGGUGAUAUCAUCAUUCUGAUCACCUUUGGACCACUUGCUGUGAUGUUUGCCUAUGCUGUUCAAGUGGGUUACUUGGCGAUCUCCCCGUUACUUUAUGCAAUUCCUUUAGCCCUCAAUACAGAAGCUAUCUUGCACAGUAACAAUACUAGAGACAUGGAGUCUGAUAAGCAAGCUGGGAUAGUUACCUUUGCCAUUAUUAUUGGACCAACGUUAUCUUAUAUUGUGUAUAACCUACUAAUAUUUAUACCGUAUAUUAUAUUUUGUAUUUUAGCAACUCAUUAUACAAUCAGCCUCACGUUGCCACUUUUAACUGUGCCUUUGGCAUUUUCACUUGAACGACAAUUUCGAAGCCAGCAUUAUGCCAAAAUUCCCCAGAAAACUGCAAAACUGAAUUUUUUACUGGGAUUAUUCUAUGUAUUUGGUAUUGUGUUAGCUCCACCAGGAACCUUGCCAAACUAAAAAGGCAGACUCAUUUCUAAAUGGCAGUGUCCAAACUGAAGUUAAUUACACUUUGGUUUUAAUUUUGAAGUCUGAGCUUUGAAAAGAUAAUGUUCUAACUGAGCCCCAGUUCCUGUUAAAGUUCACAAACUCUUUCGUUAAACGACACCGCUUUCUAUCGUCAAGCAAAGGCACAUAUGGAAAAAUAUUUGAUAAUGCGUUGCAUUCUCAGUGACGAAGUGGACUAGAACAAUGGUAUUGGCGUCAUGAAAAUAAUUUUGUUUCGUUUUGCUUAAGUUGUAAAGACAAGUGCAAUGUUAGCAUUGUGUUAUGGUUAUAUUUCAACUGGAUACUGCAAUGGCUUUUUUAAGCAUUUUGCCUUAUCCUAAGCAAAGUUUUAUUUAAUCACAGAAUAUAAAUUUAAGUGUAAUGUCCAAUUUUCAAUUUCAGAGCUUUAUUUUAUGCACUUAAAAGGUUACCAGUGAAAACCAUUCAUGGCUUGUAAUGUUAUUUAUAGCCUGCCAUGUGAAAUUAGAUUGUAUAUUUUAUAUUAUGACUAUAAUGUUGAUGCCAUUGUAGUUUUGUCCCAUUGUAUGUAUCAGCAUGUCCAGAUCAUAUCAGUUAUACAAUUAAUAUUUGGCAGCACAAAUGAUGCACAUAUAAAUUAUAGGAACUGAGAAAAAUGGGUCUAGGAAGUAAUAAUCUAACUCCCAAUUGAAAAAUUACUAAGAAACAUUAGAUUUAUUUUGACUUUUAUAGUCAUUUUGAUUUCUUGAUUGUAAUUGCAUUCCAGUGUCAUUAUUUUCUAUUUUGUGAUAAAUUGUAGGGUCUGAUUAAUGAGAGUUGUUAGCCAUAUUGGAGUUUUGUUUUAAUUUUGGGGCUUUAUUUAAUUUUGAAGAUGUAAUACAUAAAUUGUUAAAAGCAAAUUGGCAAGAUAACUGGAUCUGCAAAAAAAAAAUGUCUCCUUCAGAUGGAUGUGGUAUUUAACAUUUUGUAUUUUUGCUUAAAAAUAAUUCAAAUGCUGAAAAAGUCAGUGAACAAAAGAGAAUAAAUAGAUGUUUUUUUCCUCUUUGCAUACCUCAAAGUUGUCGGAUAUAAAUAAUGAAUGAUCAGCAGUCAUUUGCCGAUAGUGCUACUUGGCACUGUUUGAAUUGUGGAUGAAUCAUACUUACUUUUGAAAAAUA